AUGAAUACAGAGCGCACUGCUGCUCGAAGGACCAAGAAAAGUUGCGAGCAGUGCUACCAUCGAAAAGUGCGCUGCCAUGGAAGGUCUCCUGGCUGCGAACCCUGUCAAAGACUCGGUUUCGCAUGUACUUUCGCCCAGGACAACUCUUCAGUAAGCCUUUCUGCCACCAUAACGACAAAUCAGCCUCGGAAACUUCGCGGCGGAAACGCUUGCCUACAAUGUCGCAAACAGAAAACUCGCUGUAGCCAGGGUGUCCCUCAAUGUUCAAAUUGCGCUAAGAAGAAAUGGACCUGCGUUUACGCUUCUCCCUACGAACCUGAACCGUUGGGCAUACAAGAACAGAGCCCACCUUCGAGUUUGAUCCCCGACAGGAUUGCUAUGUUAUCAGCCUCAGACACCUCAGCACAUGGCCGUGGUCAUGCAGAUGUCGGACUUGGUGCUAUAGAAACUCCCGGUCACAGCCUCCUCGAAAGUCCUGUCAUCUUUGGACCUGACCAGUUUACCAGCAACCUUGUGCAAGAAUUCUUCAAAGUGCUCCACCCAACCCCAUCGUUUUCUUUCCUCCAUCCAAGAACGACUCAAGAGCGACUGGUGGAAGGUUCCCUGGACGAAGCAUUGGUUUUUGCUAUAUGUGGCAUCACUAUUUCUAAACAAAAAAUGGAGCCAGUGGCCCGAGAUCGAAGCCUAGCAUGGAUUUCGAAGAGCGAGGAAUUGGUCUGGCAGCAUCUAGAGAGCCCGAAUAUGGCACGACUUCAAGCCCUGAUUCUUUGUGUGGCGUAUCACAUCGACACUGGCGCUUCGCACAGAGCCUUCAUGCUCGCCGGUCUUGCCGCUAGAGCCGCCACAGCAAUGAGACUUAAUCACGAGAGGCAUCACUUGGACCUUGUCAGCAACGAGGUACGACGCCGCACCUUGUGGUCGUUAAAAAUCUUGGAGCUGUAUUUCUCGAUUGGCCUGCCCGAGUACGAGCUUCUACCGUUUGAAAACGUCUAUCUACAACUUCCGAGCCGUGAAGAACACUUCCAGGACUCGGCGUCAUCUUUGCAUACGGAAGGAGGCGCGUAUCGGCUAUUUGUCAGAUUGACAUCGAUGCGAAGAGACAUCAUGAAAUUGAAUCGCUCAAUCACACUUUGUGAUGAGCCCUUUCCCCUGCUCCUUAAGCUGAUACGUGGCCUUCAUAACGAGCUCAAUCACCUACGUUGUCAGAUGCCGGCGGGCUCAGACUCAGUGAUGGCAGGCGUGACGCAGUUCGUCGAGACUCCUUGGCUAGCCAGACACCUGGUCAUGCAGCUGUCAUGGCACCAAUGUCGCUGCGAUUUGUACCGCUUAUUGCUCCCAGGCUACCCAGAAGCCGCUCCGGCAGUAGUCCUGGCCAGUCUCGAUGCUGAAGCCACCAACGAUGCAGUUCAAAUGUGCACCGAAAGUUCGCUUUCCAUCAUUCAAACCCUCUCGGAUGUCAAUUCACAUUGUGCGCAUUCUCCGAUCUUAGAGUACGAUGCAGCCAUCUGCGGCUAUCAUGCCGGUCGACUCGUCUUGUUUCUUGCCCACUCUCAGGCAAAAAGCUCUCGAUUAUCCAAAGAAUAUGCCAUCAGCCGAGCGGAGUUGUGUCUGGCCGCAAUCAAGCGGUUUUUCCGAUAUUCAGCGCCUGUCGAUCCCAUCCUGAAAGAUCUAGAAAGGUUGAUCUCCGCGUGCAGCUCUUCCCCCGACGACUGGACCCAUCUCAUCUUCAUCUCCCCUCCAAACGAGGAGGCGCGAGACCCGGUGCUCUCUGAAGUGGCAAGGGCAAAACAACGCUUGGCUAUACACAGUUUGCUACGACAGGCAGAAUUCGAGGGUGGUGAACCCUCAUCUGUGGUCUCCCCAUCUAGUGCCAGUAUCGAACUCCCAUCGACUCGACAUCGUAACAUGUACAGAGUUCUCUCUUUAGAACAAGAUAGGAGCGCUCGACUCGAUUCGCCACUGGUCUAUGUACCACAACCUGGUACGGAGGAGGAGCAACCAGAUCAACAUGGAAACCCGUCCACAUCCUCUUCGCGGCCACUCUUGUUCCCCUGGUGUGAGUAG